GUUGUCUCACCUGCUGAAACGCACUUCACCAUUCAGCCCAACAGAGUCAUCUUUCGCUCACACCUCCAAUUAAUACCCAGCCUGCGAGGUCAGCGCUUCGUUUUCGCUUCUCCGGUUUUGUUUUGUUUUGUCUCCUGCUUUAUUUUGAUGCGACGAGCUUGGGUAUCCUACCAUGCCCGUUGCGUAUGGAUCGUCUGUGCCAGAGUAGGCGAACAAAGCGCAUCGAGCCUCUCCAGAGAACUGCCUCCCCCCAAAAAAUCACGGAUUUUUUUUUGUCUGUAAGUACUCAGGAUAACCAUUUAGCGUCUUCGGUUGUUUUUCUUGUUGUUAGGCUUCCUUGCGUCUAGUUCAAGAGGAAAGAACUCGCUGUUAAAGAUGGAUACGCUCUUUCUUAGCCCGACGGAUAGGCAUUUAAUUUAGGGAACACUCGAUCCCACUGUUGGACAGAAAUAAUGGCAAGAUUUUGGAUGGCGCUGGACUCGUUAUUGGUUUCCUGGGAGUAGAAGAGGCCUGUGUCGAUCCUUGAAAAAAAAAAAAAAACAGCCCAGCACUGCAAUAUACAUACAAACAUUUCUUUCCCCAAAGCGUGAAUUACCAGAUGACAAAAACACACCCGUGUACUGAGAAAAUACACUGACAAACACACAACCGAUAAAACUAUGGAGCACACCGGGAUCGAGGAGGUGAACCAGACGCACCAGCAGCAGCAUGAACCCAUCAGCUUCGGGAUCGACCAAAUCCUGAACAGCUCGGACCAGUCCAGCGGCUGCAUGCUGCCCAACCGGACCGGCGACCCGGAUUACGCGCUCGCCUCCAACGUCUACAGCAACGGGUACAACAGCGUCUACAACCCGGCCUGCUCCAUGGCGGCAGCGGCGGGUCUGGCCGGCUCCUACAACGUCAACAUGAACAUGAAUGUCAGUAUGAACAUGAACAUGAACGUUAACGUGAACUCGGGCGGCGCCGGUGGGGUGAUCCGGGUGCCAGCGCACAGGCCCAUGCCACCUCCGCCACCACCGCCCGCUGCGGCUGCGCCACAUCCGCCCCCUUCGACGCAUCCGCCGGGCAUCGGACCCGGCAUCCCCUCGGUGCCCGGGAUGGGGAUGGGGAAUGCGGCAAACUUCACUUUCCCGUGGAUGGAGAGCAGUAGGAGGUUUGCCAAGGACAGAUUAACAGGGGAGCAGGCAGAGGAGAACCGAGCCGGAGAGGCCACAGGGGGGCCGGGGGCCACCGGGUCCCUCUGUCCUCUCCCCAAGGGAGACAUCGGCAGGGUCCCUGUCUGGAGCACUGUGGAGACAUUAGCCAAAUGCUAUUACCCCGAGCUCGCUCACCUGCGAGACGGCAAUGGCCUUCUAGCAGACUAUCCUUUCCCAAAGGGGGCUUGCCCAGCUGCCCUCUCGCCGUUCUCUGUGACCCGGCGCAUUGGCCACCCUUAUCAAAACCGGACGCCGCCCAAGAGGAAAAAGCCUCGCACCUCCUUCAGCCGAGUGCAGAUCUGCGAGCUGGAGAAACGUUUUCACCGGCAGAAGUAUUUGGCGUCGGCUGAGCGCGCCACCUUGGCCAAGGCCCUGAAGAUGACAGAUGCACAAGUCAAGACCUGGUUUCAGAAUAGACGGACAAAAUGGCGGAGACAGACUGCGGAGGAGAGAGAGGCAGAGAGGCAGCAGGCCAACCGGCUGAUGCUGCAGCUUCAGCAGGAAGCUUUCCAGAAGACGUUGAGCCAGCCUCUGCAGCCGGACCCACUCUGCCUGCACAACUCCUCCCUCUACGCCCUGCAGAACCUGCAGCCCUGGGCAGAAGACAAUAAGCUGUCGGUCUAAAAGAGAGGAGGGCACUUUAUCCCUAAGUGCCAGGAAACAAAUGGACACCUCUGUACAUGCCCAACUAUCAAGACUGUCCCCUAUUUUGCCUCUGGAUCCCUUACGAGGCGGCAGAGACUUUCUGCCACAAACGGCAAAAAAAAAGACCUCCUGUUUUUCGCUUUUGACUUUGUACAACGUAGUAAAUGCAUGUUUCAACCCUUUUCUGUGUGCACUCGGAUGUACCAUUGAAGUCAGCUGCCGUCGAGGUGGAGCUCCUCCCCAACCGCAGCGUUCAAGUGGUAGUGGAUUGGUGGAACUCCUGAUCACGGAUUCCUCAUUAUGUUCAAUUUAAAGGUGUUUUAUAUUAAAUGAUAUUGUGACUUUUUGAAAAGAUGACAAACCUCUCUGUUCUUCUUGCCUCUUCUUGUCCUCCUGCUGGAUUUUUGCCACACACUGCCUGUUUGUUGUUUGUCACC